AUGGAGGAGGACUUGCAGCGGAAGAUUCUCCAAAGGACACUCAAAGAAGUGGAGGAUGAAGAAGCUGAAGGCGAUCCUUGUGUCAUUUGCCUGGAGACCAUCACUGAGCCCUGUGUUGCGGUUCCAUGCAAACACUCCAACUUCGAUUACCUAUGUCUCUUGAGCUGGCUAGAACAGCAGCCGAACUGUCCACUAUGUAAGGUUCAACUCGCGAAGGUGCAAUAUGAUCUAAAUGACCCGCGGGGCGCCAAAACAUACAAUGUUGCUCUCACGCAACCGUCGAAAGAGUCUCACCAGACCUCUGGAAUUCGUUCGCGAGCUCUCGCAGGCGGCCUCUUAAUAGAUAAUGUACGAAGGCGACGACACAGACCCCCUCCGCGCCAGCCUUUAGCUCCCACGGAUGAUCCUCUCGCCGUGCGACGAAACGUCUAUCGCAACCAACUAUACUCCCUUCGAGUCGGGUCGAAUCGGCUUUCACAAUACACGGAAGUGACACCGGAACAGUUCAACCGCGAUGAAGCGCUCGUUUCGCGCGCUCGGAAAUGGAUCCGCCGCGAGCUACAGGUCUUUGCUUUCCUGAAUCCGGAUACCGAAGAUCAGCCAUCCGGCCCAGCUCGUCCUGGACCCCAGAGGCUGGAAGAACGUAGAGCCAACAAUGCUGAGUUCCUCCUCGAGUAUGUGAUUGCGAUUCUGCGCACCGUCGAUAUCAAGGGUAGCGCGGGGCAGGCGGAGGAGCUACUUCGAGACUUUGUCGGCCGUGAAAAUGCGCGCUUAUUCUUACACGAAUUACUGGCUUGGUUGAGGAGUCCUUACACGUCCCUACAGGACUGGGAUCGCCAUGUGCAGUAUCCAAGGCCUGCGCAACGCCAAAUUCCUCCGCAGCGUUCUUUGGAAACAGGCGCCGGCGGAGACAGGUCAAGGUCGGAACUGCAUCCCCAGUUCGUGAACAUGAUCGAAGUCUCUUCGAUCGGAUUUCGAGACCGGGAGACCACAAUCCUUUACAUGUUUCCAGAGCCCGUUCAGAUCGUCGCCCAAGGCCACCGCGGAACCGAGACCGUCUAG